CUGGAGGCUGACGUAAUGGUGAAUAAUUUCUCAUGCACGCGGAAACCAAGUGUUAUUUUUUUGAUAAAUAAAAGAGAAUCAGCGGUUCUCAACAUAUUUGUACAAAGACGACAGAUAAAAUCAAUUAUCAUUAUUUUGAGUACAAAAAUUGCGAAUAAGAGAGCAAGAAAUUUUAUAACUUCAAUGAUAUUAAACAUGGCACCCUCACCCAAAGGCUCACCAAAUGUACGAAGGACAGCGUCCGACAUUCCAGUACCACAAAAUUUUAUACCUGGAGCCACAAAACCUGUAGUAAAAGCCUCUCCGAAAACUGAGAAGAAAUAUAAAACAAACUUAUGUUAUCAAGGCUUACACGUUGCCCUUGAUAAGGACACAUCAAUAAAUCAAAGAGCUUUGUUAUCUGCAGGCUUGAAAGCAAUCACUGUACCAGCACCCACGGGUCAUUCAGAUUGCACGCAUAUUCACGAUAGAGGAUCUUCCCCGCUGCAUUUAUUUCAAGUGUGUAACAGUGAUAAUAAUAACGAAGCACGAGGGAGAAGUGUAACUUGUGAACCCGGUGCAAAUAUUCAAAUCGAUUACUCCAUCCGGAAUGUUUUGCCGGAAAAAAUCAAAAGAAAAGAAUUUAGUAAAUCGAAAAAAUGGAGAAGUCUUGAAACGCUACAUAAUAACAGACUUUAAACGAUAUUUUGCAUAAUAUGUAUAUACAAAGAUCAUAUUGUAAUUAAAUCUUAUUGUAAUUUUAAAUUAUUUAUUGGCGCAUGUUAUUAUGUUUUCUCAAGCGA